AUGCAAACGCCUGCGCGGGUAUCAAACCGCGCACUAUAUAAGGGCGCCAACCGGACUCCAACAGCUAUUCACACUCGGAAAAUGAUCCUAAUUAGAAGACGCUGUACGAGUUUAUUGCUUAUUUUUCUUGCAAUUGUCGUUGAUCAACUUCAGAUACCUUUGAAAAUAGAAUACUUUAUGCAAAGACACUUUGAUAGACAUACAUUUGGCUGGUUAUCGAAGCGCUUGGAUGUGGAUUAUGUAUCCUUUUACCGUAAUACAAAAUCACAGAAAAAUUCCAGAAAGUACAAAGUAUCUCAUGAGUCCUUCGGAACGCAGAAGCGACUCCAAAAGAAUUCAAUUGACGUCGAGACCUGUUGCUUGUCUUUCAAGCUGUCGAUCCUAGCUAGCUCUUUGAUGAGCUGA